AUGAGACCUGUCUCGCGAGAACGAAGUUUAGAACUUUAUGAUGAUGGCAAGAAAAUUUCAAAUGAAGAUAAUGAUUCACGGGCAAAAAUGGAAAGCAGCAUGGAAGAUAUGAUAAAGGCUAGAUUUGCAGGCCUAAAGACCGAUUUAGAGUAUAUGGAUCCGUUGAAAGAGUACCUGUGUGUUACGAUGGAUCGCGAAGGCGAAAUUUUCGAUAUACAUGCAGAGUUUGACGAUAAUCCCGUGACUACUGAACCAUCAUUCGAGGAUGUAAUGACCCUUUGGGUUUCCGUCUUAAUGUGGAGCGCCCAAAUGGUCGUUGUCAAUAAACCAUACACGCAAACGGCUUCGCGGAUCACUGGGAGGAUUUACGCGUUAAUAAAACAAUCUGGGGAGGAGGAAUGA